AUGGGCCUCCACGGGCCUCCACAGCUGGGCGUGGCCUUGCACAGUGGACAUGAGCAGGACUGCAGGAGUCAUGCAGCAUGGCAAGAGAAUAGGUGCCAAGGGAGUGAAUUUCUUUUGCUCGAGGAUGACUGUGUCCCCUCCAGGCUUCAUCCCACCGCCUGGGCUGGCCUUACCCCUCCGAGAGUGCGGUGGGAAGCGCCUCACGCCCGGCGGCUCUCCACCCUGGGCCCAGGGCACCUGAGCUUGAUCCUGGAGCUAAUCGUUGGGGAGGAGAGGAAGGACGGUGGUAAGAGGCAGGAUGGCCAAGCGGGGUGUGGGACGGAGAGCGGGUCAGCUGUGAUCAAUUUUUUUUUGGCCGAGCAGCCCCUUUGCCUUCCUUCAUCCCUCGUUACCCACCUUACCAGUAUCCCUCUUCCUCAUCCCUUUGUUUCGCCUCUUGGGUGCUGCGCUGCUGGCAAGAACUUAACCAGCUUCUUUGCCAGUCAUCUUUGGCAUUCCCUGGUGUGUCUGCAGCCACUGGACUUCCCAAUGUGCUCCUCGCUACCGAGCGAUUCCACAGUGGGAAGCGGCUGUGCGGGUUUUCCUUCACUUUGCUGGGUCUCCAAGAUGGCGACCGUGAAGCGUCACCUAGUCACGAACCUCACUGCAGAGAAGGCCGUUCAUCAUCCUGAGAUCUCCAUGAUAGGAACUGGAUCGGUCGGGCCGGCUUGGGCAGUCAGCAUCUUAUUAAAAGGUAUCUUAACCUACAUAGUCUGGAAGCUGAGUGCAUUUCCCAAAAUCUGUGUCAUUGGGAGUAGCUGCUUGGUAGCCACCCUGAAAGCUGCCAUGGGUUGGUCCAUGGAGAGCACGGAGACUCAAGCG